AUGAAGACUUUGACCUGCAGGCUCUACUCAACCCCACACUAUCAGGAGGAGAUCAAGAGCCCGAGGUCCAGAUACCCUCGACCUGAAAGCUCGCCGGCCUUCAAAGCAGAGGAACAUAAUCUUGUCAUGCAGCUCCGACAGCAGCAGGAGCGAGGGGCCAAGCUGGACAAUCACGAGGGUCCACACCUGCACCAUGCCACGCCCAUCAUCAAUGGCUUGGGACCCGUAACAAACUUUGGGGGCUCGUCCGGGAUCUCUCCUCACUCAGUCAACGAGGACAGAUCCAGUGAUAUUAGAACUACGACACAACGACCAGACCGCUACCCCAGCCAAACUUCCCGGUGGGUGUCCAGGAGGGAGAUCAAAGUGGAAAGGAUCUUCGCCUUCACGUGGAACCGCACAGCAGUGAGGAAAGUGUAG